AUGCGGCCGCCCAUCAAGCAGGAGCUCAUCUGCAAGUGGAUCGACGGCGAGCCGCCGCCGGGCGGAGGGACGCCCUGCUCCAAGACGUUCGGCACCAUGCCGGAGCUGGUGGGCCAUGUCACCGUGGAGCACGUCGGCGGGCCCGAGCAGAGCAGCCACGUGUGCCACUGGGAGGAGUGUCCCCGCGAGGGCAAGCCCUUCAAGGCCAAGUACAAACUCAUCAACCACAUCCGCGUGCACACGGGCGAGAAGCCCUUCCCCUGCCCCUUCCCCGGCUGCGGCAAAGUCUUCGCCAGGUCCGAAAACCUCAAGAUCCACAAACGGACUCACACAGGUGGGUGUGCCUCC